AUGGACACGAAAUCAAUCAAAGAGGCCCACACGGCCGACAUUUACGAGCCUGGUAUGGGCGUCGGUUCGGCUGAGAUCUACAUUGAUCCAGUCAAAGAAAGAAGGAUGAUGAGGAAAUUUGAUAUUUUUGCUAUUGGAAUGUUGGGCGCUUUUUACAUGAUGGCCAACUUGGACCGAAGCAACAUCGGAAACGCGAAUACAGCUGGACUGCAAGAGGACUUGGGCCUAGUUGGAAACCAGUUUGGAACCGCUACAACCUUACUGUACGCAACCUAUGUCCCCUUUGAGGGACCGAUUGCAGUGCUUCUCAAGAUCAUCGGGCCUAAGCCAUUGUUGUCAACAUGCGCCUUCUGCUGGGGGAUUACAACUCUUGGAAUGGCAUUCAUCCAAAACUGGCAAGGGCUUUAUGCGUGUCGGCUAAUGACCGGCCUUUUCGAAGCUGGAUUAAUUCCCUGCAUCAACGUAUACAUUGCGCUAGUAUACAAGAAAAGUGAACGAGGAAAACGCUCUGCUUUAAUUUUUGCAUUUAGUGCCUUUUCGAGUGCCUUUGGUGGACUUCUCGCUUACGGACUCACACAGGUCCACGGACCUAACGGGUGGGAAGGAUGGCGCUGGCUGUUUGCCAUUGAAGGUGCCAUGACUUUGCUUCUCGUGCCAAUUUUCUUUUUCGUGUUCCCGAAACAUCCCACCACUGCCUGGUUUUUAAGCGCCGAAGAAAAGAGCAUGAUUCAAGCCCGAUACGAUAAUGAUCCUCAUUGGGGUCAGGAUGAAGAAUUCAGUUGGGCCGAGUCUCUAAGCGCUCUGACUGAUCCUAAGUGGUAUGCGUUUUGGAUCUACCAGUUCAGUGUGGAUGUCUCUCUCUAUGGAUUUACGACUUUCCUGCCCAAAAUUGUUUCUGGGUUGGGAUAUUCCGGCGUACGAGCAAAUCUGAUGACAGUCCCAAUCUACAUGGUCGGCCUGGUGUGGUUCCUCAUGAUUGCAUAUUGUUCAGACAGGGCCAAUGUCAGAGGUCCGUUCCUUGCCGGGCCCCUACUAUGUCUGAUUAUGGGUUACUCACUUCUCAUUUCGGUGGAGAACCUGAACGUUCGAUUCUUCGCGUGUUUUGUUGUUGCUCUCGGAAUUUAUCCCACAACCGGUUUGUCACUCAUGUGGCUUCAAGACAACACGGCUCGCCACUUCAAACGGGCUACGAUGGUCGGUAUGACACUCUGCUUCGGAAACACUGCCGGUGUCGCCGUCGGGCAGAUAUUCACUACGGAAUCUGCACCGCGGUAUAUUAAGGGACUUUCCAUCAGCCUGGGGCUUGCAGUGGUGGCAUUGUUGCCGACGAUGUCACUCACAGAAGAUCAAAUGCUCGGGGACUCAGCCCUGUCAAUCAUGCUGCAUGUCGCAAAAUCGAGAUCAGUGCGAGUUUCCUACACGAGACCGAAAGAUAUCGGUGUCCGAGACUUAGAGGGAGAAGUCAAAGCUUUGAGAGCUCAAAAGCAGCGAUCAAGAGCUUCAUCUGAGCUAGAUGAGACAAGCUGUCUUACUCAAGAUCCAGUUCAGCCCUCGGCCCAGUCCCCAGAUAUUGAUGUUUCUAAUCCUCUUCUUGAAUCGCCCACUGGGUUUGUUGCCGCCAGAUCAUCCUCACAGCCAAUCUUUAUUGGUGAGGCUUCCUGCGUUGCUUUUGGGGACACCUUGCUCCAAUGCGUCGACAAAGAUGCUGAUCUUUCAUCGUGGGCAUCUCCGACAUAUUUCCAACACGACAUUUUUCAUCGUCUGAUGCGCCCAGAGGUAGUGUUGCCUGACCGAAUACAGGCUCGGUUAUUGGUGGAGGUUGCCAUUCGAUUCAUAGGUACCGACUACCAUUUAAUUCUGAAGAAAACCUUUUUCGACACGUUGGACCGAACGUGCGCCGGAGAGAUUCCCCGGAACCCAGCAUGGAUGUGCAAGUUUUUUGUACUGUUAGCGCUGGGUGAAAUGUACUCGAACCGAAAACGAAGGAUGGCUGAUCAACACGUACCGGGAACAGACUACUUCCUGCGUGCGGUGGGUCUAUUGCAAGAUCUGUAUGAAACCCCUUCAGUGGAACAGGUAGAAGUCAUGGUUCUUUUCUGCUUUUAUUCAAACGCUCUAGGACGCGUCAAAACGGCGUACACCUAUAGCGGUAUUGCCCUGAGAAUGGCACUUGGAUUGGGCCUUCAUCGAAGUCUGCCCACAGAUACAAAACUAUGCCCGGUGGAUCGUGAGCACCGAAAGCGCGUCUGGUGGACACUUUACACGCUCGACCGACUAUGCAGCUCCAACCUCGGAUACCCCUUGCUUAUAAGCGAUGCUGUGAUUGAUGUUGAGCUUCCAACAAAUGAAGGCCUUAUUCCAGCCGAGUUGGAGGAAUUUACCGAUCCCGGCCACCUAGUCGCGAACGUUAAGUUGGCAAAAAUCACAGGGCAAAUCCCCCCGCCCAGGGUCUUUUCCCCUACUACCCUCGCCCUGGCAGAAAGCUGUGUGCAGGCCGCGCGGGCAUCGAAUUCCAUCCUAUCAAAGCUAUUUGUUGAAGGAUCUCUAGCGUCAUUUGGAUACUUUGAUGCACACUAUCUCUUCUCCUCCACUCUCAUCUUGGUCAUGUCUGCAGUCAUGGAUCCAAAUGUGGGAAUGUCAGACGCCGUCUCAUAUGCUUUCACUAUACUCCGAGCCAUGAAGGAAGAUGGCAAUCUUCCUAGCUUUGACUACUACGAAAGACUACAGCGUACCCGGGCAAGUGUUGGAAAGAUGAGAGAAGCCAACGAAGCAAGCUCCCGUGUAUCUACGGCUCCCAAUGGAAGCACAGCGCCACAGGAACAAAUGGUUCACGAUGCCGAUGGAUCGGUGCUAGGCUUUGGAGACGGAGUUCCCCUAGAUAAUCCUCUUAUAGAUAGUUUUCUGGCAGAUAAAGCCUUCAUAUGGCCAGAUGGAAUGAACCCUCAGGAUGAAUCUCUAAGAGACCUGGCGUGUGAGCUGGGAGAUGAGUUUCUGUUUGGCCCGGCCUGA